UUGUUUUCAGUUUUCUAUUCUGAAGGUUUCAUGUUGUUUCUCGUUACAGAAAAUGUUCAAUUAAUUUGCCCAAAGAGCCUGGACGCAGCAGUCGGAGACAACGUCACUUUGGACUUCCACCUCAAGCCCCAAUGGAAUGAAACAAAGUGGAAAGGCUUUGUUUUUGAAUGCAAACAAAGUUCCAACAUUGCCCUGGUUUACAAAAGUGGAGGUUUUUCUGAUGUAGAUCAGGCAAAACGAUUCCGUGGCAGAGUAUCUUCUGACAGCAGCUGGGACCUAAGCAAAGGCAAACUUGGAUGGAAAAUCUCCAAAUUUGGACAAAGUGACGCGGGAACAUACAAAUGCAUUGUUCGACCUGGAAAACUCAACUGCUGUACUGAACUGAAGAUCAAACAGGACCAUCCACAUGAACUCAAUCCAUCAGAUGGUUACCAGCGACAUAAUACCAGCUCUUCGAUACCUGAAAAGCCAACAGAUGGUAACCGCACUGGCUCUACCAACACUUUGUCUGGCGGGGCCAUCGCCGGCAUAGCCACAGCUGUCAUAGCCGUCAUAGCCUUAGCCAUCAUCGCCAGGGUGAUCCGCCUUCCUUGCCGUCAACGUUUUGAAGGUGUUAGGCAGAACGACCCAGAUGCUCAGGCAGUGGAUGGAAGAGCUGGAGUCCAAGACGAACCAAACGACCAAAACGAAAGAGGGGAAGGGAUUCAGCUGGAAGUGAUCAGGGACGCAAACCCUCUGGAGCAGGGACAUCUUUAGUCUUUAUGUCCAGUCUUUGGCCAGUCUGUAGCUGCUCUUUACUUGCCAAAAGUACUUUUAUUACAUUCCAGUAAAACAAGCUCAGGUAAAUAAUUUUGCACUGCCCUGCUAUACCUAACUGUCAAAACAAGUCAUAGCCAAUCAUCUUCAGAAACAGGCUUAUUACAAGUAAGUUUUAACUACGGCUGGACCGUAUAAACAGCAGCUACACCUUUAUGAAUUUUGAAAUUUUAGGCCAUACCGCCCAGCGUUUAGUGUUCACAUGAGGAAUUUGCUCAUAUAAUUGAUGAAUUGAGCUAACUACACAUGAUGUGCUGUAAAAACACUCUGCGCUAGCUGUGCCUUUGUAUUAAUAUUGGGGAGCGCGGUGGAGAAACUCGGAGGAAGCGCUACCCAAG